GAGCGGGGCUGUUGCUAUCAAUAUGGCGGUUGUCAGCCAGACAAAGACAGUCAGUCUGAUGUGAUUGAGACAAGGGAGGUUUUCAGGGGGAGACUGGGAGAUAGGGGGCUCCCCUCCCCCCGCUGCUCUUCCUGCUUGGGCCUGGAGCCCUCCUCAGCCCCUCCCGCAGGGCGCCCCGCGGUGAAGAAUCCCCUCCCCCUCCCGCCUUCCUCCUCCCUCCCUCAGCCUAGCUCUGGGACGCUGGGGAGGGGGCUGAGCCUGGUGCACGGAACUCAGCUGGGCUUCCGAGAAUGGUAAAUAAGGCUGGCCGUCUCUGGAAAGGCCACUGAUCGGCCUCAUGUAAAGUAUGCUCAGUUCCUUCCCAGUGGUUUUGCUGGAAACCAUGUCUCACUAUACAGAUGAACCCAGAUUUACCAUAGAACAGAUAGAUCUGCUCCAACGUCUCCGGCGUACUGGGAUGACCAAACAUGAAAUUCUCCAUGCAUUAGAAACUUUGGACCGUCUUGAUCAAGAGCAUAGUGAUAAGUUUGGAAGGAGAUCCAGCUACGGGGGAAGCUCCUAUGGGAACAGUACAGCCACAGCUUCCACGCAGACCCAGCACUCCGGAAUGUCCCCAUCACCCAGCAACAGUUAUGAUACCUCCCCACAGCCUUGCACUACCAAUCAAAAUGGGAGGGAGAACAACGAUCGAUUGUCCACAUCCAAUGGGAAGAUGUCGCCAUUUCGCUACAAUGCAAACAGCAUGGGUCAGAGGUCAUAUAGCUUUGAAGCCUCAGAAGAGGACCUAGAUGUAGAUGAUAAAGUGGAGGAAUUAAUGAGGAGGGACAGCAGUGUGAUAAAAGAGGAAAUCAAAGCCUUUCUUGCCAAUCGGAGGAUUUCCCAAGCAGUUGUUGCACAGGUAACAGGUAUCAGUCAGAGCCGGAUCUCUCAUUGGCUGUUGCAACAGGGGUCAGACCUGAGUGAACAAAAGAAAAGAGCAUUUUACCGAUGGUAUCAAUUUGAGAAGACAAACCCUGGGGCUACGUUAAGUAUGAGAUCAGCCCCUAUUCCAAUAGAGGACCCUGAAUGGAGACAAACACCUCCUCCAGUCUCUGCCACACCUGGAACCUUCCGACUCCGGCGGGGGAGUAGAUUUACCUGGAGAAAGGAGUGCCUAGCUGUUAUGGAAAGUUACUUCAAUGAGAAUCAAUACCCAGAUGAAGCAAAGAGAGAAGAGAUUGCCAACGCCUGCAAUGCAGUCAUACAGAAGCCAGGCAUAAAGCUGUCUGACCUGGAACGAGUUACCUCUCUGAAAGUUUAUAAUUGGUUUGCUAAUAGACGGAAGGAGAUCAAGAGGAGAGCCAAUAUCGAAGCAGCAAUCCUGGAGAGUCAUGGGAUAGACGUACAGAGUCCAGGAGGCCACUCCAACAGUGAUGACGUGGACGGGAACGACUACUCCGAGCAGGACACUUGGCAAGCACGCAAUGGGGAGGAGGAGGAGGGAAGAAGUUCAGAGGGAGGCAGAGAAGCAGAGAAGGAUGACAGCACGAGCCAUAGUGACCACCAAGAUCCCAUCUCACUAGCUGUGGAGAUGGCAGCCGUCAACCACACUAUCUUGGCAUUGGCCCAGCAGGGAGCCAAUGAGAUCAAGACAGAGGCCCUGGAUGAUGACUGAUCAGGGAGGAUCACACAGUUACUUAGUUUAGACGUAGCACCUUAGCAGACUUUCCUCGGUCCUUAACAUGUGUUCUUACAGUAUAACUUACAGUUUCUUGUAUGUCAGGUAGCCGUUAGGGUCUUGUUCUGUGAAGAUGGCAUGGUGCCCUCCGCCUUUGCAUAUACUCUCUCAGUAUUAAAAUCCCAGUAAGUAAUAACCAACCAACCAAACGUCCCUCUCCCAGCCCCUGAGGCUAAAGAAAUCUUGCUGCUCCGUCUUAGCAUUCCAAGAAAGUGCUUCCAGGUAUAUAGAUAACCCUCAGUUCUCAAGUAGUAGGCUCUGUAAAAUCUUGGGUACCUUUAGAUUCAUGUAACACUAGGCUCUACCCUGUUCCUGCCCCAAGACUGACAGGAUGCAAGCUGAGGUAGUGGCACAGGACCAACAGACACCGUCCGGGAAGUAUCCACGGAGCGCAAGGAACACUAGAGCCCCGCCUCAGCCGGAGAGUCAUUGAUUUCAGCUGCAAUAAGCCGUGCCUCCUAGUCACAGCGUGACUAGACUAUACUUCUUUGGGUGCUGUGCUAAGAACGUCAUUGGAAUCCCGAGCUCAGACCUUGGUUAGUGUUAAUAUGGGCAACACAGACAUCCUUUCCUCUCGCAAGCUGUGUGACUUAGUAGAUAACAUACUGCCUUCUGCCUUUGGGACCACGAUCCUAAAACGAAAAAAGACAAAAAAAAAAAUCAAAUUCUGAAAAGCAGAACCCAGCUUGAGAGCAUAGGGGAAAGCAUGAGCUGAGUGUCAGAUGGAUGCUAAGCCCAGUUCUCAGAGCCGCCAUACAUUCCACAGCGUGGUGCCAGCCUUCCUGGGAGAGUGCUGGAGAUACCAUGCAAGUCGCUUUGUCUCCUUGGUGCCCCCUCCCUGCUACCAAACACGUCUCUGAGGAUAGAGCUGAGGUCAAGUGAGUGAAAGGUCAGGCUUUGUACCCAUCCCCUGAAGCCUCCCAGGGUUGCUAGAACUCUCCUGGGGACUGUGCUGCCUCGACUGUCACAGAUCCAGAUCCUUGCCUAGCUAGGGGCAGAAAAAGCAGGGGACAUUUACCACUUAUAUCCUGAGUGCGGGGCGCAGCAGGAUGUGUCUGCUCUGCUCCCAUUACUCUGUCCUUGUGGAGGUGUGAAAGCUAUAUUGCUAUAGGCAAUUUAUUUAAUAAUUGGAAGCCAUAUUGAUAAUGGAUGUGGUAAUAUUUGUAGUUUAAUCUACUUUAAGCGGCAGUAACUAAUGGAAUUUUUUUCCUUGAUCACAUAUGUAGCACUUUUGUUACUUUUUAAAGAUAUUUAUAUUUGAUAAAUCUUUUUUUCAAUUUGAGAACUCAAAAUACCAAACAGUGAACUUAUGUUAUAAAGUCACCCUGUGAUCACCUUGUCAUCUAGUAGCAAAAUGAUGAACUAUUCAUGCAUCAAAGGAAAUUACAUCUGCUGGCCUUGUAUGAAAAUGAUCCUGGCAACCUGAUUAAAUGACACACUGUCACUGUGGGCAAGAAGAAGCAGCCUUCAGUGUGUUGGUACAGUGUGUGUCUGAGAGAGGCAAAGUGUUUUCUGCCUCAUCCCAUCUCUCCUCUGUGUGUCCGACAAAGCCUUGUUUGGAGGGCAGUGUGGAGUGGGCCAUUAAGCAGGGCUUCCGUCUUUUUGUCCAUUACCUGAACCAAUUUCUAAGACAGAAAGUAGGUACUGUCUCCUUAGAUCCUCCUUCACCAAAUGUGUUUAACUUUCAGAGCUGUUGAGAGAGGAGGGCACACUGACCCUCCUCCCCUUCUUGCUGGUGGAUCCUCAGUAUCCACAGCACUUAGCUGGUCUUACUGGGACACACUCUGACUGGAUGAUCCCUUUAGCUGUCAGUCUUGGUUACAUGCGUGUGAGGAGUCGUCUUUGAGGGGCCUGAGGAUACCACCCCACCUACGUCUGAGACUUUGAAGAGCACUAGGUAGGGCCUGGUCCUGCUCCUGUCCAUGGAUUUCAGGGGGAAACGUGUGUUUUUCCCAGCUCCGAAAACUGAAGUAAAAUGGAGCCAUCUUCUCUUACUGUAGUACUUGAACCCACAAAUUUAAGAGUAGCAUUUCUUAUUCUCAGGAAAGAGCGCCCCAUACCUACUUAGAAUCUUCCAUGGUUUAUUUGAUUUAUUUUAUUUCACUUAGGAGAUUGUAUUGUCUUUCUUUGCUUUUGUUUACUCAGAGGAAUAUACCUAUUGUGUCUUUCCAUUGUGGUUGGGUUUUGUCUGCUCAUUCUCAGUUGAAUCAAAAUGAACAGGAGGGGGAACCAUAUUUUUCUGAUGAGCCACAUCCAUGAUUGACCACGAGGUCAUAGUAACUGACGACUUCUUUAUGGUGCCAUUGCUCGUGUCCUUUGUUCUCGCUCGCCUUGUCAAGGGAACAGACUUCAGCUGUUCCGACAGCUCCAGUUUCUAAGGGAACUCUGACUGCAACAGAAAAGCAAACCCUUCUGUUGUCUUAAGACCUUUGAGAGAGAAGCAGGGGAUACGGCUGAGGCUAGAGCUGGCUGGUGCAGGCAGUUCCAGCUCUGUGUGGCAGUGUGGUAGCCCUGGGAGGGCACAGCUGCCACAGAGGCUGGUCCUGCUGCUGGAGAAACUGCCGCAUGCCCACAGACUCACACAGCCUUACACGGAACCUGCGCUUUCUGACCCACAGUAGGAAUUUGCUUCUUUGGGAACAAGGUUCAAAUCUACUAUCAGGUGAUUUCCUGGGGGUCACCAGGUUCUACUCUUGUGUCCCGGUCCCUGAGCUCUCGGGGUGGCCUCAGAGCUGCCACAUUCACUCCUCCUUUGGGUGGUAAAUCUUUCCUGAAGAUUUUCCGGGUUUUAGGUAUGGUAUCAAAUUAGAAACUUAAGCCUCCCAGCUGAAAGGAAAAGAGUUCUGCUCUUGCUUGCCUGUCUCUGCUCUUACCUCCUCCUGUACUUCUGUGGCCCCGGAGAUCUCUGUCAGGAGUUGUGCCUUCUUGACCAAUGAAGAUGUUAAAGGGGGGGGGGGGGGACAGGCAUUCAGAGAGUGUGGUGAGGUUUUAUUUUUUUCAGGCACUUCGAGUUACUAUUGCUGGGUAGGAAGGCAACUUCUCACCUUCUAGUACCUUACAUGACGACCUGUUAACAAAGGACCAUCUUAAGAUAUUCCUGCCUAUCUGAAGAUAGUCGCAGCCAGCAGCAGAGGAUAGCCAGGAAGGGCAAUACAGUGCUCUCCUGUGUGCGACUGUGCAGUGCCCUCAGGUCACAACAGCCACACAAGGCAGGCUACAGGAGGAGGGACCUGGAAUGGGGAGGCAGACAGCCCCUUGGUUCCGUGACCUUGGAAAGACAAGAGUGAGCUGAAGCCUGAUUGGGCUCCUGUACCCCACUCCAGAGCUCCAGUUCCUGGGAGGUUCAUCAUUCAGCCACACCUAGUUUUUUAGGAGCAGAUACCUGGAUUUAUUUUCACCUCGUGAGGAUAGCAUACAGAGAGCUGUGAUACAGUCAUCUCAGCUCUCUAGCUUUAGGAAUUCUUGCUUUAAAUUCUUCUUGGCCACAGUCAUCAGGCACCAGCGAUAGAGGGCCCUAGUCCACAGGGACACUCCGUCUCUCUCCAUCCCCUCCUUCCAUUUUGUGUCAGCACUGCAUCUCUGUCUGGAGCGGACUUCACGAGACAUUUUCUCUCGCCUGAUCCACCCCCAGACUCGAACCCUCCUUCCUCUUUUGGGUAGCCAAAACUCCAUUUGCCACACCCACUUCCUUUGUCUACACUGAGAAUAAUCCCCUUUCCACAAUGACUUCUCUAGUCUGUUGUAAGAAUGUUUCCUUCAAAUCUUUAUUCUCUCUCAUCCCAAAAAGGAUUUGGUUAGAAGCAGCAUCACCCACUGCAUCCCCUUUUGUUUUCGAGACAGGGUUUCUCUGUGUAGCCCUGGCUGUCCUGGAACUCACUCUGAGACUCACCAGCCUCUGCUUCCCGAGUGCUGAGAUUAUGGGCAACAUUCCCCAGGUGGUGGUGGCUCACGCCUUUAAUCCCAGCACUUGGAAGGCAGAGGCAGGCCGACCUCUGUGAGUUCAAGACCAGCCUGGUUUACAGAUCAAGUUCCAGGACAGACUUAUAGCUACUGAGAAACCCUGUCUCAAGAAGCAAACAGACAAAAAAUCCUAAACAUUCCCAUUUAACUCAAUUCUACUUUUAUAUUAUUUUCCUCUUAUUUAGAGAACAGCCUGAGUUUUUCCCAUGAACCUCACCAAGUUCCUAGGCAAUAACUUUUCUUGUGGUCGGUGGUCUUGUGCUCAGAGGCUCUCUGCCUCCUGCAGUGCAUCAGUCUCUGUGCGUCUCUGUGACGUCUCCCUAUUGCUAUCAUUAUCAGCUGUGUUUUACUACUGCAGUCACUGAGGCUAUUCGAAGGCCAGCCAAGUCCACUUACAGCUAUACUGAGCCAAACUCAUUUUUUACGAUUCUCCAAGUGAAGGUUGGCUGCAUCGACCAGUUCUGCUGUGCAUGUGUUUGAGUGGGAGUGGAUUGGGAUGCACUGGGGCAGGGGUAGGAAUUACACGUGCACCGCAUGCUUUGUGUGUGCACAAGUGUGCUUACUCGGGAUCGGGCCACCAGUUAUCAGCCAUACUAAAUUUAGCGACCUGAGCGAGAGCUCUGAAGACCCUUUAGCAACCGUCUCCGUGUCUUGUGUUGUGACUGUCACGGUGAGCACCUGGACAACCGUGAGGCUUUCCAGGGAGGCAGCCAAGCAUGGCCAGCCGCUUUCUAAGGCUGUCAUGGUAGCCUGUGUUAAGAACAGGGGCCCUGCCCUGCACAUCCUCCUUCAUCACACACCCUCCAUUUCAGAGAUGACCGUCACUUUAAGAGGAGCCCUCAUUGCACUAGAGAACUGACGUACGAAGGCAGAUCGGUGUUCUGGUUGCAGAAGCUUCUCUCCUACAGAGUGUGUUCCAAAAGGCUUUUCUUAAAACCGUUUGUUUCUAAACUGAAGGGCAAACAUUAUGCUUGUGGCAGAUACAGGUCUGACAGAUGCUCAGAAAUGAAGCCUUGUGCCCAUCUAUGGACUGUUAGAAACUGAAGCCUGAGAACUAGAGGUUUCUUUAGCUACUUCAUUACACUAUUUGGGGGGGGGGGGCUGUUAAGAAAAAAAAAAUCAGAAAAAUCAGCUAGUAACCUGAGCCACCCAGACCUCCACAACACUGAUUUUCUUCUUUAACCAAGAGGGAAGGUUCCUUCAGCUGUCUGUCAUCUCAUCACCAAGGGCCCAGUUGUCCUCCCAAGCUGCUUUAUCCUUCUUGACAUCCAUCAGAACUGAAUGGAGUUGGUUCCUCUCGGGGGAGAUGUGAAAAGUCUUCUUCCACUGGUGGGGUUCCCUCCCAAGACCAUCCCGCCCUUCACCACUAGCCCUUGCUGGGAGCAGGGGAACUCCGCUGCCUCCCUUCGCUGCAAGACCUUUCUGUUUGCAGGCUGAGUACUAUUGUUGGGGAACUUGGUGCCCCACUUAGAACACCCAGGAGGCCAGCUCCCCUGACUCCAUGUCCGUCUUCUCUCUCUUUAAAUAAGACUGGCUCCAUACAGCCAUAAUUAACUCACAAAUUCAUGGUGGUGUACUGUGAUCAAAUGAAGGUUUGGCUGAGUCUUUUUUCGAACUGUAACCAUGGUAAUUGAGGAGGGAGCGAAGAAUGAAUAUAUAAAAGUAUAAUGGCAAUUGUUCCGAAUGACUGAGUGUCCUCCUGACAUGUAAUUAGCUGUUUUAGCAGGAUGUAGAUUGGCAUGGUCAUAAUUAAGAGGAUUUCUGUCCUUUAUGUGAUUGAGAAUAGCAGAGCACCCAUCCUUGUUCCCUUCCAGCACUAAUGCUCCCGAGAACAUUGAGAACAGCAGCUCAGUAAACCAAAAUAAUGACAUAGGAUUCAUGGCUCACCCGGGUGAGAGAGGAUUGGGAAUCAUAUCCGGUCCAGAAUAGACUGCUUUUUGCCUGCAUCUGGCUUUGAAAUUCUCUGAAACCUCUCGUGUCCAGUUUCAACCUAUUCUACUUUGGCCAGAAACUAGUCAACAAACUGAGACAGCCUCUGGCCGAGCCUCUGUCUCCAUCCUCUCGCCGGUAGCUGGGGUACCUCUCCUGGGGAUACCUGCUGCUUUACUGGGCUUCGUGAUAUUUUUAGGCUUUUCCUUGGAAACUUAUUUCCACUGCCAUGACCAUCAGAAAGUGUCACAUGGGAGUUUAGAGUUGAGUAGUGGUUUCCUUAUGGGACCAUAAGGCCCAGAACAGAUAACAUGACAAGAACAGGUACACACAGGAAGGUGUGAGCUCAGGCCCUAGGAGCAGGUGUCCACACACCCCAUCUUGCUCAUGUCAGGCUUGUUUGGCUAAUGCACGCCUCCUAGUGAUUGUCUGCUGUCAGUGCUGCGUUCUUGACUCUUCAGAAGCCCCCCAGUUUGUUUAUUUUCCUUGUGCGCCUGUGCCUUCAGGUAGGCGUCAUGUAAUCCUCCUAGCCUGUGGCGUCCUCACGACCAGGAACUGCAGGAAUUGCUAGUCCUCCAGCUGAUGCUUAGUUUGUGCUUUUUUUUUUUUCUUUCUAGUCAUCCUUUGCAGGAGCCUUGGUUCAGUUAGAGGAGCAGAAGGGUCCACAAGAAUGCCAGCAGCUACCAGUGCUAAGUGGCCUUUUAUAAGCUCUCUGCUGCCCGUGAGGCUCAAGACUCCGGUGAGGUUAGUUGGAGUCCAUGAGCCCUGUCCUUUCUCAGGCUGGACACUGUGGGUUUGGGUAGUAGCUGUGUGUGUGUCUUCACCCUUUCUACAGAAUGCCCCUCUCACCAGAACACUAGUCAACCAGGAUGCUGGUCUUAGCUCUGUCGUGUGGAGUGGCUGGAGUCGAGUACUUGCCUAGAAAGGUCUAGAUCGCCCUCUUCCCUCAGCACACAGACACACAGAGAGUGUGGAAAAGAUUCUGUUCAUGGAGAUGCUUCGGUUUGAUUCCUCCAGAUACCUUCAGUGAAAUGUACACAGGUCAGACGUGCGCUCCUUGGAACCUGGCUGAGAACAGUGGAUUUUGAACCCUGUCUUACUUUCCCAGCUGCUGAGUGAUAGUAGUUAUCUACGUUUCAGCCUUCUGAUUCAAUUCUGAAAAGACACUAUUUGGGCUGAUCUUGUGAUUUGUACGAUACGUACUACACACAGCAGUACGUAGGGUCUUUGGGGGACCAGAAUUGGCAUUCAACAAGAAGUCCCUAAUGUUAACCUGCUUGGGUGCUCCAGGGGGCCACUGGUUAAAAACACACUACCCAAGGUACAUAGUCCUAUAUUCCUACAGAUACCCCCACCUCAACACACAAAACUGGCUUAGUUGUCAAGGACAGUGUAGGUAGUAUUUGCCUCUGAAUAGCUUUUUUUAAAAAAAAAAAAAAAAAAACUAAUCCCAAAAAUGAUUAUUGUAAGAAUCGGAAGAUGCUAGCAUUUGGGGAAUGUGUCAUCUUGUUCUGCUGAGGUCACUGCCAACCUGCCUGCUGUUCUUUGGCAGCACUGGGUCACCCCAGUGCCACAGACACUUCUGUCGUCCUCUUCUCUGCAGCCUUCUGCUGUAGGGUGCUAGCCCAGCCCUCCCCACUUGCCGGCGACUGCCCUGAAGCCUGCUCUUUUCAGUUCUUGCAGCACUUAACUCCUGGGACUUGGGCAUCAUGCUUGAGUUCCCAAGUGUGUGGUGAACACUCCCACGAACCUGCUGUCCCUCUACCACAAGAAAGGGAGGUAGGGGCAUUAAAGAAUCCAAGGUUCUGGUGUUGGGUAUCAGGGCCAUGCUGCCAUGACCUUGGCUCCUCAUCAACACUGACCACCCCAUAAGUAAAUGCCUGAAGAUGUCCAAAUUUAGGCCUAGAAUAAGAACUUCUUAAUAUUUGGAAUCCAGGAAUAGAGCAAGCUGCCUCAGGAUCACGUGGAGGCUUAGUAUUGGUCGGGCACCAAAUAAGGGAGAUCUUCAGGUUGACCUGUUCCACUCCUCUCCCCACCUUCUUUUCUAGCUCUUUCUCACAAAAGUAGGUUCUCCAAGAGUUGGCUGGGUCACUGUCCUCUUCCCAUCUCUUGUCACAUCAUGGGUAGCCUUAAAGCCCAAGACAAUGGAAAGUACUUGAGGAACAAGGCUCAGGGACCCAGCAGGCCAGCUCCUGGAGCUUCUGACACCUUAUUACUACACUAGCUGGCCAGAGUGUGUGUGUGUGGGGGGGGGGUCUUAACAUUAUCCUCAUUUUGCCCCCAACACCUUGAUUUGGAGAGAAAGAAUAUGUGUGCCUUUCAUUUUGGUAUGAUCAAAAUUUUGCAUCUCUGUUGGUGGCCAAAGGUGCCAUGGAAAUUGUGGAAUAAAAUCAGUGCCUGUUGCCUACCCAGGGCUCAAGACAGAGGCCAGUCCCAGGGACUUGUGUUUGAAGGUUCGUUGCUCCCUCCAGGAUUUCGCUUCUCAGCGCUUCCAGGUCAAAUCUCUCCAGUCUUGUUUUGUAUCUUCCUAAGCCCAGAAACCCCUCCCAUUUUGCUUUACUGGAACUAAGAGCCCAGCCUAAACCUGUGAGGCUGUCUGUCCACUCCAUGGCUUGCUGAGGCCAUUAGACUAGAAAACCAAAUGGCAUUAGAGUUCUAUGAACACAAACAGCAGCCACUCUGCUGAUGCUUCCUGGGCCCUAUCCUAUCUGCAGGCGGGGAGGUGCCUGUGGGAGUCGUGUGUGCUGAGUGGAGUGAGUGCUCGUGGCUGCUCUCAGAAAGCAAUCGCUUUAUCAUUUGCCUUGAUGCCCAUGUUGACUGUACUGAAAUCUGUGGGGACCUCAUCAUGCAUCUCUGAAAAUGGGCACCAGAAAAACCAAACCAAAGUUCUCGGGGUGGGUAGAGUUUUCCUUCCAAGCACUGGUCAUUCUGGCAAGCUUUCUCCUUCCUGCUCUUUGGUUCUCCCACAACACCACUAUGAAAGCUCCCUUCUCUUGGUGGUUCUCACAGUGACCCUGAGCAGUGUCAGGGUAGCUGCAUCUCGUGAGGUGCAGAUCAGGGACCACAGUGGCCAGACUGGUCCUGCGCCACUACAUAACUUCACUGGCUGCAAGAUAGGACACUCUCUACAGGGUGCCAGGAGUGUGGCAGUUGCUCCCCUGGAAGAGCCUACAGCCUUCUCAGAGAUCAUGGGCUCAGCCUCUCCUCCAUGGUCAUGGUUGAGUCGAGUCUGCUGUACCUUCCGGGAUAAAAUUCUCAUUUAUGUUAAGUGCCUAAGCAAGUUACAAACCUCUGGGACCUGCUGAGAGUUGGCUUGUGUCCUGUCCUGCCCACCAGUGUACCUAGCCUCAGGGUGGGUGUCGUGCACCCCCCAUCCACCCAGUGCCCCUGCCAUUCUGCCUUCAGAAUGGUCACAAGGGCAAGCGAGGGGAGAGGGCUGGCUUUGUCACUGUCUCCUGUGUUCCUUCUGUUGAUGUGACUGUGGUCUCGAAUCCUAGGUGGGUUUUAAGGAAUCUACUUAGCUAGGUCUAGCUCAGCGGCUACCGAGUGAAGCAGCAGGCGUGAGACAGCUUCUGCCUGUUAGCACUGGGGGAACAUUCCAGCUCAGACAGCUGAUAGGCAGGGUUCGUGGCUGAUAGACCUGUGCCCUUUUGCCACCACGAGUACUGGAGCCCAAGGCCAUCAUCAGUAGAGUCGCAUUAAGACCCAAUGUGCAUUUUUCAAAAAGCGUUGUUUUGUUUUGAAGAUCAAGUCUAAACUAGAUUCAGGCCUUUAUUUACAUGAGGGAUAGGACAGAUUAGUGACUGUGCUGUGCUCUGUUGUGUAACACAGGUGACGAGUGGGACGGGAACAGUCCAUAUACAGACACCGGGGUUUCUUUUGUUCAGACAGUGGGGUAGUGCAAACACUGGUCCUCUGCAUGUAACAGGCAUGGACAACCUUACCAGUAAAACUGCCUUACCUAGAGAAGGGAAAGCUGUGGGUGAGUGGCCAAGUGAUGAUGAAAACGAGGCUCUGUGGAGCAUGCCUACCAUGCUGCCCCCAGGGGUGCUGUUACCCACUCCCCUAGAUGCAGCACUCAUGGCCUCGGGCACCUGCUGGGCCCAGUGAGACUGAGGAAUGUCAACCAAAUGCAUGACUGAGGGGGGACAGCUCUGAGGCAGAGCAAGAGGGUCAGGGUUCUGGGCCCUGACUGGACUUGAACAUUCUAGCAAGAGCAGAGUGCUGAGGAGUGGCAGCCACUCCUGUUGGAGCACAGCUGGUGGAGCUCACCAUGGGGCUGGGAACAAGCUGGCACGGCCAGCUGGGAAGUGGAAAGCAGGCUUCUAUGUUUGGACCAGACACCAGGGACCCGAUGUCUUGAGGUUGCCCGCAGGCAUUCAGUGUGACUGUGUAGGAUCCUGCUGGAUGGGUGGGGGAAGGGGGCAGAGCGCCCUCCUGGCCUUGGCCAUUGUGUGUCUUAGUCUCUGUGUUUUCCUUUGGUGUCUCCUCUGGUCUCUGUCCCCAUCUUGUGUGCCAUGUAUCCCUGAGGGUGUUGCACCUGUGUCUGAGUCUGCUGUAAGGUGUUCAGUCUACCUCAAGGGGUCAUCAUGGCAAGCUCUGUCCACAUGGAAUCCUCCUUACAUGCCACACACACUGGAAUGUAUACCGUCCCACCCUAUAACCUCCUGACCCCAUCUUUUCCCGUAAUCACCACAGACUCCUAGUGCAAAUUGGAUGCUGCUUUAAAUGUGAAAAAAUUGUUCAAAAGCUAUAAAAUCUGAAUGAAAGCUAAAGCUGAAUUUAUAAGCCUUGUUGCAUAUGAGCCAAAAGUGCAAAAAGCUCUAUAAUGAACUAACCUGCCACUCGUAUAAAUAUAUAUAUAAAUAUAUUAAAACCAGACUGUUCUACAAAAUUGUGUAUUUGUAUUUUUGUGUACGUACGUACAAUUUUCUGCUAAGCAGAAGGAGGGUGUAGUAUAGGGCGCUGUGAGAAGAGAUUUGGUUUGAUCCCAUUUCUUUGUUACUAUUUUUGUUAACAUCAGAUGCCUGUCUUUGUCUUCUCUGUGUAUGACACUGUUUGGAAAGCUGCAGUAUCCUUCUUCCUUAGGCCGGAGUCUGUGAUGAUAAAGCUGGGGUGCAGAGAGGUGUCUUGGCCACCCAAAGAGGGAGCAGGCUUGACUCCCAUCGUGCUCCUCGGGAGUAAUGAGGCGGCCCUGAGGGAGGGAAGUAGCUGCACCCUGAGGCUAGGCAUGGCAUUCUGACUUGUCUCUGGAAAGCAAACUCCCCUUCUAGAAACCAACUUCCCAGACAAGACCACUGGAUACUCAGACCCAGGGAGCAAGGGGAACUUCUGUCUGUUGCCCAGGUGGCUCUGCCUGGCGUAGCACCCAGCCCCCUGGCUGUCACUGGGCCAUGCACCCCUUCCAGGUAGCUGCUGCCUUUUUAGACAGGGUUACCAGAUGCCUCCCUCUCGGAGCUGUCACCUGACCUCCUGCCCUUGACCUGGAGCAUCUCAGAACCCACUUUGCCGGUGCUAAACAGGAGAGGGGUUAGAGUGGCUGCCAGUAAUGGCCAGAACCAAACCAUCGGAGGCCAAGACAAGCUUGGGUGCCCGCCCAUGUCCUCCCAGCCCCUCCUGGGCCCGGGUGGAGCCUGCUCUAGGAAGUGAUACUGCACCUUCCCAGUAGGACUCGGAUUCUAACAAUGUGUGAUGAUGACUGUAGCAAGAAGCCCUUGUUUCUGGAUGUAAAUGGUCAAAGAAACAAGAGCUCUACUGUAUUGAUUAAAUAGUUCCGACGAGUCCUGUUUCAUUGUACUCCUAUUCUGGAUUAGUGCCUUUUGGACAGUAGACUGUUCUGUAAUUAAAAUGUAGUAUACUGCUUUUUUGUACAGUUUUGUUUUAAUAAAACUUUUUUUUAAUUUG